AUGGCUAGAGAAAACUCAUUGGUGAGCUUCUCCUUCAGUUUCAGAUACCUCUGUCACUUUGCUCUGCUCCUCUCUCUCCUCUCAUUCGUCUCUUUCGUCUUCAGACACAGCACAUCACUCUGUUCUUGUCCUUACGAUCUCAACCCCAACGCUAACACAUUCGAUGAUCAUCACCAUAACAAUGAAACCAUUGAUCUUCUUCGCUUCUCUUCAGCUUGGAACCAUCUCACGUUCCCGUAUAAACCCAAGAAGACUCUAAAGAUCGCUGUGGUGGUUAAAAAGUGGCCAAGGAAAUCGCAAGCCGGUGGGCUUGAGCGACACGCGCUUACGUUGCACCUAGCUCUGGCCAAUCGUGGCCACGAAGUUCAUGUUUUCACCGCUGCUUCUCCAUCGUUUCCUGUAUACCAACUGAAAAAUCUACGGUUUCAUCUCUCUCAGCCCACUGCUGCUGGAUAUCUCGAUCAAGCUUCCGUCUCGCAACAGCUUCAGACACAGAACGCGAGUGGAAGACCAUUUGACGUGAUUCACACGGAGAGCGUAGGGCUUCUCCACACAAGAGCCAAGAAUCUCCCAAACGUGGUAGCGUCUUGGCAUGGAAUCGCUUACGAGACAUUUCACUCCGAUAUCAUCCAAGAACUCCUCCGUCAAGCAGACAUCGCCGCCGCCGUUGCUGCCGGAGCUGAAGAAGAGCAUCCACCGCCUUCCUCUCCUGCUCUGACGGAGCGAGCGAAGCGAGUCGUCGAAGAAGUCAAAUUCUUCCAACGUUACGCUCACCACGUGGCAACUAGCGACCACUGCGGUGACGUACUUAAGAGGAUCUAUAUGAUUCCCGAGGAACGCGUACACAUCAUCCUAAACGGCGUUGACGAGAGCGUUUUCAAACCGGACGUUACUAAACGCGAGAGCUUUAGAGAGAAAUUUGGCGUUAGAAGCGGCGGCAAGAACAAAAAAGAUCCUUUGGUUCUUGGAAUUGCGGGGAGGUUAGUGAGAGAUAAAGGUCAUCCUUUGAUGUUCUCAGCUUUGAAACAAGUGUUUGAAGAGAACAAGAUGGCACGUGAAAACGUAGUCGUUUUGGUAGCUGGUGAUGGUCCAUGGGGAAGCAGAUAUAGAGACCUCGGGGAUAAUGUGAUCGUUCUUGGACCAUUGGAUCAAGAAAUGCUAGCGGGAUUCUACAACGCGAUCGAUGUGUUUGUGAACCCGACGCUUCGAGCUCAAGGACUAGAUCACACUCUCUUGGAAGCCAUGGUUUCAGGGAAACCAGUCUUAGCCACGAGGCUAGCAAGCAUUACUGGGUCAGUAGUCGUCGGUCCACAUUUGGGAUACACUUUCUCACCGAACGUUGAGUCUCUCGUGGAGGCGAUUUCGCGGGUUGUAAGCGAUGGAACAGAGGAAUUGCAGAGGAAAGGCAAGGAAGCGCGUGAACGGUCCUUGAGGCUUUUCACAGCGUCUAAAAUGGCUGAUGCGUAUGAAAGGUUUUUUCUUUGCAUUUCGGAUAAGAGCUUUUGUACAAUACAUGCAUAAAAACA